AGAUUAUAAUUAAUGUGUAUAACUAAUGUUUUUCCAAAAAAAAAAGAAGCAAAUUUAAGUUUUUCUAUAUAUUGACACUAUAAUAAGGGAAAAUAAAAAAGAAAAGAAAAGAAAAGAAAUUAGUGGGACCCACCGUCAGUCGUCUUCUAAAAUCAUGCAAAGAGGCCGGAAAACCGUAUUACUCUGUUCUUGAUUUUCCGGUUCCGUUUUGUUUUACUACUUCACUAAACUAACUAACCCUACUUCUUUUUCCCCUUAAACCCUAGUUUUCCUGCUUAUAAUCUCUCUGUUUUCACCAUUAUCUUGUUAUUAACUGUGGGUUUUUUUCUUUCUUAUUGAACUAACGGUUAAAUAUCCGGUGUUUCUUUUGUUGGGUUGUUCGUUUUUUUUUUGUAUUUAUGUUGGUGAAGAAAUAUGGGUGUACUGGAAAAGAUAUCGGAAGCAUUGUAUGACAAUGAGGAGAAGACAGUUGAGUUGAGGCAAAAGAUACUGCAGUUGAUUUUAGAAUGGGGUUGUUUUGAUAAGGACUUAAAAUUGCCGAACAACUGUUUGAAGGGAUGUUUCACUGAGAUGGAGGGUAAGGAGAUUAAGGAUACUAGGGAGUCGUUAGAGAGGAAAGAGGAGGAGUUGGAGUUGAAGUGGAAGAGAUUGAGUGCGGCGAGAAGAGGGUUUGCUGAGACUGUGAAGUUAAGGGAGGAGAAGUUGAAUGAUCAGGAGAAGAUGGUCGAGAGAUUAUGGGAGGAGGUUGAGUUUGAGAGGAAACAAAUUGGGGAUGUGGAGGAGAAGUUAAUGGGGAUUCAUGCGAAAGAGAAGGAGUUGAACAAGAUUCAGAUUUGGAUUCGCCAUGAAACACAAGCUCUUGAGUUGAAAGAUCAAGAAUUGGCUGAAAAGAUGGAGGAGUUUCAAAAGUUGCAGAGCAUGAAGAAGGAAUAUGAUGUUAAUGUAAUGGGGUUGGAAUCUGUAAAGAAUGAACUAAGGGUGAUCAAGAAUAACUUGGAUAAUGUGAGAAAAGAACUAAAGGAGAAUGAAAGUAACUUGGAAUCUGUGAAGAAGGAUGUUAUUUUCGAGGAAAGUAAGUUGGAUAAUGCAAAGAAAGAACUAAGGGUGACUGAAAAUAACUUGGAAUCUUUGAAGAAGGAUGUCACCUUCCAGGAAGGUAAGUUGGAUAGUACGACGAUAGAAUUAAGAGCAAAGGAAAGUAAAUUGGAGGUUUCGAAGAAAGAAAUUAAAGAAAAGGAAAAUAACUUGGAAUUUGUGAACAAGGCACUUGUUGUUAAGGGGAACAGGUUGGAUGGUGUGAAGAAAGUAUUAAGAGUGAAGGAAGGUAACUUAGAGUAUUUGGAGAAGGAACUUAGAGAAAAGGAUAAGAAAAUGGAUUAUGUGAAAAAAGAACUAAAGGAGAAUGAAAAUAACUUGGAAUCUGUGAAGAAGGAUCUCACUGUUAAGGAAAGUAAGUUGGAUAGUGUGAAGAAAGAAAUUGGAGUAGAGGAAAGUAAAUUGGAGAUACUGAAGAAAGAAGUUAGAGGGAAGGAAAAUAACUUGGAAGCGGUGAAUAAGGCACUUGCUGUUAAGGAAAACAGGUUGGAUGGUGUGAAGAAAGUAUUAAAAGUGAAGGAAGGUAACUUAGAUUGUGUGGAGAAGGAGCUUAGAGAAAAUAAAAAAACAAUGAAUUCUAUGAACAAUGAACUUGCUGUUGUAGAAAAUAUGUUGGAUGGUAUGAAGAAAGAACUGACGUUGAAGGAAAGUAACUUAGAUGUUGUGCUGAAGGAACUUAGAGAACAGGGAAGAAAGAUGGACUAUGUGAACAAGGAACUACGGGAGAAGGAAACUGACUUGGAUUCAAUGAAGAAGGAAAUUGCUGUUUUGGGAAACACGUUGGAUAGUAUGAAGAAAGAACUGACGUUGAAGGAAAGUAACUUAGAUGUUGUGAAGAAGGAACUUCAAGAAAAGGUAAAAAACUUGAAUAUUGUCGAAACAGAGCUGAGGGAGAAGAUGUACGAAUUGGAGUCGGUGAAAAACGAUUUCAAAGCUGAAGCAGAGAACUUGCAUGCUCUUAGAAAGCAAGUUGAAUCUAAUGAGGAGAUCUUGUCCUCAAUGAAGGAGGAGAUUGAACACAAGGAGAAAUUUCUGGGUGCAAUGAAGAAGAAACUUGAACUCCAGGAGGAACACUUGAAGUCAUUCAGUGAGAGUCUCCAUUUAAGGGAGAGAGAGCUUGAUUGUACUCAAGAAGCAUAUAAGCUGCGUGUUGAAGAGCUUAAUUCAAAGGAGAAGGAGCUGGAUUCAGCAGAGGAAUUUACGAAAAAAGCUAUGAGGGGUUUCAAUCUGAAAAGAGACAAUUCCUCGUAGAGCAAGGACUUUUUGAGCAACGCAUGAA